AUGUCUCCGUUUUUGCACAGAAGCGACAUGAGCGAUGAUGAAUUUACAGCCACAUAUCUUUUCAAAAUUGAGGAUUUGUCAGAGGAGCCCGUCAUGACAGAAUACCCCCCAGAGUCGUCCUCAAGUCCAGAUAAAGAAGACGACAGUUCAAUACAGCCUCUAUCUAAGUCCGUGUCUCCGGCGGAGAAUCAAUCGGAACAAUCAACCACCUCUCAUUCAUGCUCGACCUGUCGGUCAUGCUCAACCUCAGAAGAUUUGCCGAAUACAUCCAAUCCAAGAAAGAGAAAUUACGAAGAUGAUGAAUGGGAGUAUAAGAAUGAGGAAGGGGAAGAAAGGCGCUCACAGAUGCUGGAACGAAACAGGAUUGCCGCCACCAAAUGCCGACGGAAGAAGAAGGCCCGUUUGCAAGCCAUCGAAGAGAGCAUUGAAGAUGAAGAACGGACCAUUGAGCGUAUGGAGCGGGAGCUUGCACUGCUAGAGCGUGAGAGCCAAAUACUCGAUGAUGUGAUUCGCAAGCACCUUAGCAGUGGCAAGUGUCGUUUUAUGCCCAAGCAUUAG